GACACGCUCCCCAUCGGUGACAGGCGCCCAGCAUGCUCUGCGCUCGCAGCGCGAAGAGUCGUUCUUGUUCUGCUCGAGCCUCUCAUUUCUGGUGCGCCUCGACGACCAUAUCCCCAUGUUAGACGGCACACGCUUGCGCAACUCAUGGUACGCUUCGCUCGAUGAUGCACAGAGCAACUUCCGGCAGCUGCUGUCCUCCCAUGCCUCGCCUGAAUGGAAGAGGGUACCAAUCCCAAGCGACACGAAUGCGAAGGGCAAAUCAAGGGCGGUAGCCCCAGAGCUCACGGACGUAGUUCUACACCGCAAGAUGAACAAGUCCAGCGAACCCGUUUACCGCGCAAUCCUGGACGUCCCGGUAGGUGAUGCGCCCGUGUCUUUGGAGAGCUGGAGAGCUGUCCUGUCCACUCCGGAGCUCAGAAAGGAGUGGGAUCCAGCAGUGGAAGGCGCGCAUAUGAUCGAGAUACUCGACCAAGCCACUAGGAUUUCCAAGGUCGAUUUCACCCUUGGGUGGCCUGCAAAUCCCAGAGAUGCUGUAAUCAUCUCUCGUUCUUUCAGCGAUGCUACGACCUUGAUCGACGUCUCCACCUCCCUUGCUCGGUCCCCAGAUGAGCCGGCGUACCUUCGACCAUCGCCACCAUACGUUCGGUCGGAUGUCUCUCUCUUUGCUUGGUGCGUCCAGGUUAUCGGCGAGCAGCCCCCGGCAUCCAAGCGCGGCCCUAAACUACGCAUAACUUGUUUCUGGCAGCAUAAUCUGAAGACGUUAUGGACCUUCAACACAGCGUCCAGCUUCACACAACAGCUAUGUACCAUGAUGGUCGGUAUCUACAGCACGGUGCAGAAACGCGGCCUGCGAAUACCUCAACUGUCGGGAUAUGGGAAUGGCGUGUCAAUCGAGCGGCUACGCUUCGACCUCGACCGGGAGGCGCUGACCGUGGACUACUCGAUCGUCCCAGAGGAUGAAGACCACACCCCUCAUACGACUGCGCAGGGCCUAGACGAACUGUACGCAAUACGCGAGCACAAGAGGCUAACACGAUCGGUCGAAUGUGCACUGCCAGCGCCCGUGGGCUGGGACGUUCAGGUUGCUACCAAAGCAUCCUCGGAGCAUGUCGCGCAGCUACCAUGGACAGCACAGGCAAAACGAAAUCCGUCCCCCGCCCAAGCUUCGACCACAAAUAGUCCAGAAGCAGACAGAAUUGUUUUCGGAAUCAAACAUGUCGCUUUGCCCGACGACCACUCUGUGCUGAAAGUCCGAGUAGUGAUUGAAUUGUCUGGCUCGUCAAGUGGCAUCCGCUUGAACGGUAUCCCUCAACCCAUCGAGCAAGUGGAGGAGCGGGAUCCGCAAUCUCACGUUGCGUCGCAGCAGAUGCUCCGAGACGCGUCGAGUGCGGCCGAUUUCAGCUUCAACACGCAAUCGUCGUCCGUCAGCACGGUGGCGGAGUCCGCGUCGAAGGCUUCUGCUGCGCUCCCUGAGCGGCCGGCGCUUACGCGUAUGCAGACCGAGCGGACUGCAACGGCUGAGAAGUCGAUCCUCUCUCGCGUCAAACGUAAUUAUAUCUACUUCUCGUCACUGCUGCAGGAGCCGGAGGCGAAGUGGAAACGCACCACCGAGGCGCGCGGGGUGUCGAUAGCGCAACUCGAUUCAAUCGACCCCACCUUGGUAGUGUAUCGUGCGGAAGCGGCUUUCGUCGGACUCGGACUGUGGGACUUAUAUGCCGCGAUUGCGACACCGGGCGCCCGCGCGUUCUGGGACAGACUAUACGACGAUAGUAUACUGCUAGAACAAGUCACCGAGCUUUCGGAGUUGUGGCAUUUCAAGACGAAGCCUGCAUGGCCUGUCACUGGGAGAGAUGCGGUCGUGCUCAAGACCGUGUACAAGUCACCGACGACAAUACACGUCUUUGCCUUCUCCGCGGACGAUCCAAACCUGUUUCCGAACAUCCCGUCCGCGGAGCCCACCGUCAUUCGCACACAGGUCGACCUGCAGGGAUGGGCGAUCGAGGCGCUCUCGCCCACUACGACGCAGCUCACCCUGCUCGAGCAGUCUGACCGAAGGGCUGCACUGGCCGGCGUUGGCGAGUUCGCGAUCAAGUGUGGUGGCCCGCCCAUCGUUACGCGGCUGGAGGGCGCGAAGGCGACGCAGAUGCGGUAUGACCACGACAGGUACAAUUUCCGCGUCGAGUUCGAGGCGUCCGCGAGCCGCCGGUCGACUCCAGCGCAGAAUCCGGACGAGUCUGCCACACCGGCAACUCCUAUCUCGCCUGGACUACCUGUCGUCGAAUGUGAGAUGAGGUGCGAUCUGGAUAACUGGGCGUCGUCAUUGGAUAUUGUGGUUGAUCCGCCGCCACAAACGAUUUCUUGUCUCCGAAGGCACCGCCUCUCCUCCGGCGGGGGCGGCCUUUGGCUCACGAUCACGCACGACGCUGUCUAUACCGGGGAUGAUCGUCUGCAAGUCAUUGUCAGGCGUGGACCGAUGAGUGUGCCGAAGGAGAAGGGGCUUGUCAUGGUAAACGGGGCCAAAGUGGACGUCGACGUCGAGGAGCUGCCCGAGAAGGAGGUGAAGAACUUGCAGAAGCAAAAGCGCAUCAAGCCGACUCGAGUGCCGCUGGACCAACCUCCUGUCCUGGGAGUCAUCCGGCGACGCAGGGCAGAGUGGAGUGGGGACGGCGAGCUCGAAGACGCAGACGAUGUGCCCAAACAAGCGGGGUUGGAGGGAGAGGCUGCAGUGUCGCCGACCUUCACGACGUCGUUCAACUCAUUCUUCAACAUGGCGAUCGCGCAAGCGACGACUGCUACUCAACAAGCUGCUGCUGCGAUUGCCCCUGCUAUGGCUGCGGGAGGCGAUGCUCCAUCCGCAACGAAGCCGCCUAUGCAGUACGCGCUCGAGGCUCUGGCGUAUCUGCAGAGCAUACACAUCAGCCCGCAACGUGACGGGUGGACAUUUGUCAGCGAGAAGGACGUGCCCGUGUACCGGAGAAUCGACGCUGAGAUCUCGCCGGUCAUCCCAGUUCACAGGGGAGAGAAGGUCAUCGAAGGGGUCUCCGCGGAGGAGGUAGCUUCGGUUCUAACAAGCUACGACUGCCGCAAGCAAUGGGAUACUCGGUUCGACACGGCACACGUCUUUGAGGUGUUCGGCGGCGAGCUGCACACCGAGUUCGUGGUCAUGAAAGGAGGCUUCCCGUUCCGCGACAGAGGUUUCUACCUGGCCUCGCUCAUGGCACGAGGAAGCGCCUCUCCCUCCCUCUCUCGGCGUAACACACCUACGGGCGAGCUCGAACACUCGGCGGAGAGCCGUGCUGCGAUAUACUGCGUGUCGGCAUCCUUCGCUCCGGAGUCUUACAACACCUACGGAUUGCCCAUCGGCCGUGUCUACACGCUCGAUCCCUACGGAGCAGAGAACUACGCGAUUCCGUCCACUCGGUGCACGCGAGUAGUCGCGGUUGAUUACUCGGGAUCCAUCCCGGCAGCCAUGAACUCGAUGAUCAACGGUAUGUUGCCGAAGUCGAUUCAGGCCGUCGAGUCCUACGUCAAGAAUCUGUCUCCUCCUCCGUGCACCCGUCUCCCCGCAGAUCCCCUCCUCCGACACAAAGCAUGGAAGAUGCGGCGCCGAGACUCCACACCCGUCGGCACAGUGUACCAGAGCACCAUUUUGCUCAAUAGUUCGGAUGCGCUGCCCCGCGUAGCUUCUAGGGCCGAUGAGAAGACCCCCAAACCUCGGAAUCGUACUCUCAAGGCACAGACUAUCUCGGCAGCUACUGGCGCCGCUGUCGCCGACGAACUGGAACGGCAGAGCCGGAGCAGAGCAAGCUCGUCAGCGACGACUUCGCAAUCAAAGCCUGUGAGCAUGUCGCCCGAGCACGGACGCUCGCGUUCCCGAGAAGGAGUGAGAUCGUCAACCAUGCUGACGUCGAGAGGCGAGAUGCGACACCCGACGGACCUGCUCGUCUCAGAGCUGAUCGUCGACUCUAAACUCUAUCCAGACGGGUAUGAAGUCCGGCUAGCCUCACGCAUCGACAAAUCGAAGGCGCGGAUAUCGCUGCCUUCCCCGCUCGGCACGGCAACGUCGUCGUCAUCGGCGCAGGAACUUCCGUUCGCCUGCGCGACGUACACUCUCCCGCCCGCUCCACCAAAGCCACAAUGGCUCUCCGAUAUGGAAGAAGGACGCGGGACAGUUACUGUCAACGACACCACUGUGCAGGUGUUGGGCGAGAAGGAGUCACUGACUAGCCUCGGGCGAGAUGAAAUCUUGGACAGCAGGGCGGUGACUGCGGAGGAGCUGCAGGUGCCCAUUGCUGUGGCGACGGACCUGCUGGACGACGCGGUAGUUGCGUCUGAGCCUGCGCCGGUGUCUGAGCAGGUCGACACAGAGAGCACGAACAUGCCACCGGAAGCAAAUCCGGACGCGGGUGAGAGUCCUCCGCAAGUGGUCGUCUCUCCCCCCGAGACGCCAGCAGCUGACUCGACGACGAGUGGUCUUCUGCGGUUCUUGAACGCCUAUCCGAACCCUCUCCUGCGCUUCACCGCGCCAGGACGGCGGCCCAGCGAGCCGUCGACGCCCGCGCCGCCCGAGAGUAGCCCGGGGAUAUCUACCGAGGGUAGCCAAGCCCGGGAUGUCUCCGUUGUGGCGGGCACUAAGGGCGACGCGCUUGGCCUGCUCUCGCGGCAGGUGGUGGGAAGAGGCAGGACGUAUCCACUAUCGACGGUGGUUAUCGUGGCCCUUAUCGCCUUCCUGGUGGGCUCGUUCCUGCGGUCGUUGCUGUCGCCUGCCGACUUUAUCUACUUGGUGUCCGACCGCAAGGAUCUUGAGGAGAUGAACACGGGGUGGCGGGAGUUGAAGCGCCUAUUCGAAGUGAAGUACAUUCUGGGUGGCUGGGACUUUCAGGUUGCUGUCGUGCGCCGCCACUGACGGCGGGGAUAUUGUAGUGUAGUGUAGUGCUCGUCUAAUUGUAGCGUAUAUAAUAUAUUGUUGUGCUGUUGU